AUGGCGCUGUGGCGGAUCCAGGCGGUGCUGGGCACAACCCUCGCGCUGGCGGUGGGGUCGUUCAACGCGGGGAGCGUGGCGACGAUGGCGGAGGCGGGGUCGCAGUUCGGCGCGCAGCUCGCGUGGGCCUUCGCCUUCGCGCACGGCCUCGCGCUGCUGCUCAACCUCCUCGCCAUGCGCGUCGCCUUCGCCACGCGCCAGUCGCUGCCGCUCGUGAUCGUGCGCGAGUAUCCGCGCGCGUUCUGCCGGCUGGUGUGGGUCAUCUGCGAGGCGUCCGUGCUCUGGUUCGACCUCGUCACGGUUCUAGGCAGCGCGGUGGCGCUACAGCAGCUGCUGCGGGUGCCUUUCAAGGCGGCGCUGCUGCUCGCUGCGGGCUCGGGCGUGCUGCUGCUCCAACUGCCCCUGCCGCAGGCGCACCAGGCGGUAUCAGCAUGUGUGGCGUGCGCACUCCUCGCGCUGCUCUGCGCGGCCCUACAAUCCCUCCUCGCGGGUCCCGCCUUCCUGCUCUCUUCGCUCUCAGCCGCGCUGCUGCCAGCAGUGCCGCCCGCCUCGCUGCACCUCGUGCUCGCCGCCAUUGGCGCCCUCGCCCUGCCGCACCGCUUCCUGCUGCUCUCCGCGCUCGUGCUGCAGGACGACCCAAGCGCGCGCGAUCUCAUGGAACCGCCACCAGACACGCCAUCCUCCCCUCGUGACGCCUCUGCCUCCGCCUUCCACCCCUCCACCACCCAUCCCCUCGCCCCCGCGUCCCCCUCCUCCGCCUCCCUCUCCCCCUCAGCCCCCCUCCACCUGCCGUCCCCCCAGCAGCAGCAGUACCGCCGCGACUUCAUUCGCUCCCAGCUGCUCGCCGCUGCCGCCACGCUCGCGCUACUCCUGGGGGCCUCUGCUGUGGGGCAGGGCGAGGGGGCGGACGGGGCAGGGGCAGGCGGACAGGAGGAUGGGGAAGGGUUUGAAGGGGUGGAGGGGGGCGGGGAGGGGCGGGUGGUGCGGCUGUGGGGCGUGUACCGGUUGUUAGAGCAGGUGGUGAACGGCAACGUGGCUCCCACCUUCGCCUCCCUCGCACUCCUCUCCUCCUUCCACCUCUCCACCCCAACCAAUGCCUACGCAGGCCAGCUCUCUGCCUCCACCUUCGCCCACGUGCAUCUGCGCCCCUGGCACCGCUUCCUCCUCACCCGCGCCCUCACCCUCCCGCUCUUGCUCCUCCUCUCCCUCACCCUCGGCGACGCUGCCACGCUCUCCCUCCUCUCGCACUCCCAGCUCCUCCUGGCGCUCCUCCUCCCGCUUGCAGCCGUCCCCCUGGUGCGUCUGGCGGCGUCCCCCGCGCUCAUGGGGCGCCACCGCGUUGGGCCCGCGCUGGAGCUCGUCAGCUGGGCGGCGUGCCUCUCCGCGUGCGCCCUCUCUGUGUGGUUCCUCGGGGAUGCACUCUUACGUUUUGCCAUGGCAGAGGCAGCCGCAGGGGGGGCAGACGGGGAUGAUAUAGGCGGGAUGGGGCUGUGGGAGUGGGUGCUGGCGGGGGAGUUUCUGUCCGCGGGGGGAGGGGAGGAGGACGACGGGGAGGGGCUGGCCGUGGGGCUGUCGCCGUCCGCUGUGUGGCGCAACGUUCGGCAGCUAGUGGCGGUGUUUGGCGGCACGGCGCUGGUGGGCGGCAUGCUGGGCGGGCUGCUUUGGCUCAUGCUGCUGCCGCUGCGGUCAGAGGACGAGCAGCAGCGCCGCCUGCUGCUCUCCCACUCCGCCUCGGCCUCCCUCUCCGCGCCCUCCCCCUCCUCCGCCUCCGCCCCUACCUCUCUCCGCCGCCCCCGCCCCCUGCCACUGGCAGCAGCGCAAGACAGGCGGGGCGGGGAGGCGCGGUGGGGGGCGGAAAGAGAGGGCAGGGCGGGCGCGGGGGGAACAUGGGAGUUGCCUCGCCCGACUGCGUCCCCUGUGUCAGGGCCGCUGCCUGUGCUGCUGCCUGGCGCGGAGAGAGGGGGGGAGAGGGCGGGGGAGAAGGGGGAGGGCGCGGAGGGGGGGUCGUGGAACAGUGCACUGAGGAGGCGCGUGGGGGGGCAGCAGCGGCAGCAUGGGGGGAACAGGGGGGAGGUGGGGGAAGGCGUGAGGGGUGUGGUAUCAGAGGGGUUGGGUGGGUAUGGUGGCAGCAGUGGCAGUGGCGGUAUGGGUGGAGUGGGAGAGGGAGUGGGUGGGGAGCGCAUGCGAGUGCAGCGAGCAGCGUCGGUGUCGGGGUGUGUGGCGGAGAGGGAGGUGGGCGGAGAAAUGGGCGCAGGUGUGGGCGCAGGUGUGGGCGUGCAGGGGGGAAGUGCUAGGGAGGCGGAGAGGGGCAGGCAGGGGGCGGGGAGAGCCAGCAUGCUGUCAGCGGCAGGUGGCGAGCAGUGGCAGGUGAAGGAGGGGGGGGCGCAGCUACAAGCAGGCCGGCUUGGUGGGGAGGAGCUCGCUGUCUCCGUGCGUGCUGUGGCAGCAGCAGCAACGGCCACAGCAGCAGCAGGCGCAGCCGCAACAGGUGCGCGAGUGGCAGCAGCAGCUGCUGCUGCAGGUGGGAAGGCAGGGGGGGAGAGGAGGGGAGAGGGCGAAACGGGUGUGGGAGGGGGAGAGGCGGUGUUGGCACCGGGUUUUGAGGCGCCUCAACAAGCGGUGCUGGCACCGGGAGUGGCGGGCGAAGGGCGUGUGGGCGACCCUGUGGUGCUGCCGGGCCCCCCACAGGUUGUACCCCCACUCAUUGCCCCCACACCGAUUGCACUGGCACCGGCUGCACCAGAACUGGUUUCAUCUGCUGAGAAGGUUUCAUCUACUGAGAAGGUUUCAGCUGCUGAAACAGUUUUAUCAACUGACAUGGUUUCAUCUGCUGAAAAGGUUUCAUCUGCUGAGAAGGUUUCAUCUGUUGAGAAGGUUUCAUCUGCUGAGAAGGUUUCAUCUGCUGAGAAGGCUUCGUCUGCUGACAAGGAAGGGGUGAUGCGAGUGGAGGGGAGCGAGGAGACAGCGCAGGAGGAGAGCGGCGAGGAGGGGAAGAAUGGUGGGGAGGGGGGCGGAGGCAAGGAGGAGGGGGUUGUGGUUCCGUUUGACAGAGCGGUGACUCUGGCGGAUGGCGUGGCGGGUGUACGAGAUGGCACAGGUGGGGGCACUGGGCUGGGCGAUAGUGUUGGAAGGGCAGGGGCGAUUGGGGGGGGAACAGCGGGGCUUGGGGAGCCGGGCGAGCAAGUGGGGAUGGGCACAGAGCAGAGGGGCAGGGAGUGUGGGGAGGCGGCGAGGGGGGAGGGCGUGGUAGGUGCGGAUGAGGUGAGUGAGGGGAUGCGCGUGGUAGAGAGGGCAGGUAUGGAGACAGGGCGUGCGGGACAGGGAGGCGAGGGAGGGGAAGGAGCGGAAAAAGUAAAGGGAGGGGAGCGAGGGGAGGGAUGCGGGGAGAGAGAGGAGAGUGGGGAAGGCGGAGAAGCAGAUACGGAAGCGAGAGAGCAGCGCACUGAGAAGGCUCAUGGGGAGGAGGGGAAGAACGGGAGUGUGGAGGCAUUGAGGGCGAUUGGGGAAGCCAUGGAGGAGGGCGGUAGGGGCAUGGAGGGGAAGGGGGAGACGGGAGAGGAGGGGGGGAGGGAGGAGAAAGGCGAGGGGAAAGUGGAGGUGGCAGGGGAAGUGGAAAGGCUAGAGGGAAGGGAAACGGAGAGAAAGGAGGAAGCGGAGGUGGAAGUGGGUGGGGAGCAGCGAGGGGGAGACAAGGUGGUGGAGGGAGGUGGGGGGGAGGAGGCAGUGACACGAGAGGCCAUGGACGUUGGGGAAGCGGAGGGAGCUGCGGGAGCAGAAGAGGAGGGUAGCGCGGGCAGGCUAGAAGGCCGACCCGAUGGGGAAAACGGAAAGGAUGUAGAGGGUGGGGAUGAAGGGGAGGAAGGGAAAGGGAAGGAAGGGAAGGGCCGGGAAGGUAGAGAGGAUGGGACAGUGGAGCAGCAAGGAGAAGGCGUGGAAGAGGGGCGAGGGCAGACUAGCCUGGAUGGGCAGCCAGAGGCGGCAGGUGGGGGGGCGGGCAGGGCGCCCAUGGAAACAAUGGCGCACUCCCACACGCCCAUGGGCGGAGGGGAAGCGCGGGCUGGGGAAGGGGGGAUGGGCGCGGGUGGUGGUGGUGGUGGUGGCGACAGUGGGAUGGGCGAGCAGGCGGAGGGUUCUGUUGUGCCCGUGGGGAAGGGGGAGAGGCGGGGGGAGAGGGAGGCAGCGGAGGAGGGGCUGGAGGGUGGGGGCGCAGGGGAUGCGAAGAGGCACCGGGUGGAGGGAGACGGUGGGGGAGAGGCGGAGGGCAAGGCGGGCACAGAGGGAAGGGCGGGAGCGGAGGGAGGUGCAGCAGCAGAAGCAGUGGUUGGUGGGGAAGUGGGGACAGGGGUGGAAGCAGAGGCAGGGGUGGAGGGCGCAGGGGAGAUGGAGAUGGAGAUGGAGGAGCAGGAGAAGCGGGUGGUGGCGGUGGGAGGAGUGGUGGCGUUGGGAGGAGAGGCUGCGCCCUUCACUGGUGCGCGCAGCAGCGCGGGCAGCCCCUGUGGUUCCGGCUCCCUCUCUGACCUUCUGCACCACUCCCAGCCGCGCCAGCACUCCUCACUGCUCGCGUCCGCUGCUGCAGCUGCCGCGAGGAGCAGUGACGGCGAUGGGCUGGGCGCUUUGCCGUCUGGGGUAGGUGGCAUGGGCGGCAGCAUGGGCGGCAGCAUGGGCGGCAGCGGCAGCAUGGGCGGCAGUGGUAGCGGCAGCCUGUCACGCGUGUCUGGGCUGGGGAGGGGCGCUCGGAGGCAGUUCGCAGCCAUUCUGGACGAGUUCUGGGGGGGGCUCUUCGACCUGCACGGCCAGCCCGUGCCGCUGCCCGCUGCCCGCCCUGCUGGGGGUGGUGGGAAGGCGGGGGGGAAGGUGGGAGGGGACGGGGGGAAGGGGAAGAGAGGUGGGGCGGAUGGGAGUGGAGGUGGUGGAGGGAUGGGAGGGCAUGGGGGCGUGGGGGCUGGUGCACGCACUAGCAUGCUUGGGGCUGCUGCUACUGCCACUGCCACUGCUGCUGCUGCUGCUUCCGCCGCUGUCAGUGCUGCAAGUGCUGCUGCCAGUGGCGCUGGCAGUGGCUGUGCCUAUGGCAAUAGCGGUGGCGGUACAGCAGCAGGUGGGGGAGCAGCAGCAGCGGUGGGCGGUGCAGGAGGCAACGCGGCCAACAGAGCACAUCCCUUCCCACCGGCCCUCCCCCCAGAGGAUCAUCUCUUCUCCCCUGAUCCCCUCCCCGACUCCCUCUCUCUCACCGCCUCCCUCACUCUCCCCGACCCCCUCGCCCUCACCGCCCACCGCCGCUCCUCCUUUGACACCUCUUCCCCCCCGCCCCCCCUCCACGACCCCUUUCUCUCCCGCGACCCCUUCUCCGCCCGCCCCUCGCUCUCCCGCCCCCCCACCUCCAUGUCCCCCCUCCUCUCCUCCUCCUCCGCCGCCCACCCCUCCCCUUGCGCGCGCCAGUACAGCACACUGGCGCAUCUCCCCAAGUUCUGCGACCUGCCCCCCCAGCAGCAGCAGUCGCUGCUCACCGCACCCCCCUUCCUCCCCUCGCUCUCCUCCCUCUCUGCCUCCCCCGCGCCUGGCGCCCCUCACAGGGAGGUGGAGGGCCCUAGCCGCUCCACCCCCAAUCUGUACGCGGACCUGUUGGCGCAGGGCUAUGGGGGGGGCGGGGGGAGGAUGGGCGGGGGAGGGGGAGGCGGAAUGGGGCUGGGGGGAGGGCGGGGGGCGUUUGGUGCGGUUGGGUCGCCGGCUAUGGGUGUGUCUGGGAUGUCUGCUGCUGCUGGGCUGCUGGGUGCUGCUGGGGCUGCUCCCUACACCCCCCACCAACAGCAGCAGCACGCGUCCUCCUCUUUCUUCUCCUCUCAGCCGCACCCUCACUCGCAACAGCAGCAACAGCAGCCGUGGCAGCAGCAACAGCUACAGCAGCAGCAGCUACAGCAGCAGCAGCAGCAGCAGCAAUGGCAGCAGCCCCACUCCCAUGCUCACCCCCAUGGCCACCCCCAUGGCCACCCCCACGCCCCCAUGCACCACCUGCUGCAAGCCUCCCCCUCCGCUCCCCCCGGCUUCCCCUUCCCCCGCCACCCCUCCCCCCCUGCGCCUGCAGGGGCGCCGUGGGGGGGAGGGGCAGUGGGGGCGGGGAGAGGGGGGGCGGAGUGGAUGGGAGACAGCAGCAGUGGCAGUGGCAGCAGCAGUGCGUUUGGAGGGCCUGGUGCUAAUCACAUGGAGUGGCAGCAGCAGGGGCAGGGGCAGCAGCAGGGGCAGGCGCAGCAUGGCAUGGGUGCAGUGAAGCCCAUCGGCCCUCCCUCCCGCCGCCACCUGCCGGAACAGGACGACCAGCAGAGCAACAGCAGCAACAGUAUCAGCAGCAGCAGCAGCACUCACUCGUCCCUGUGGGCCAGCAACCCGCGCGACAUGCUCUUUGGCACCCACUCUGGCCCCCUCUCCUCCUCCCUCUCCUCCUCCCCCUCCUCCUCCUCCCCCUCCUCCUCCACCCCUCUCGCCGCCCCUCCCUCCACCGCACCCAACCACUCCCCACCCAAACCAUCCCCCUCACCACCUCCGGCGAAACCCCACGUGCAAACCGACGAGGAGCGCCGGAUGGAUCGCCUAAGAGUGUGCUUGCACCGGUUGCUACGUCUAGACGGUAGUGACUGGCUGUUUCGGUAUGACACGGGCAGUGAUGAAGACUUAGUGGCUGCUGUAGCCUACCGGGAGAAACGAGUUGCCGGGGAUGCUGCUGCUGCUGUGGCUGUGGGGCUGGGCGGAGGGGGCGGUGGGGGCGGCGGGAGCGGGAAGUGGGGGGGGAUUUUGGAAGGGCAGGGAGGGGGGGGGAAGGAGGGGGAGAUGGAGCUGCCGCCGUCGAUAUGGGGGUGUGGGGCGCAGUGUGUAUGGGGGCCGCUGCUGGUGGUGUCGUUUGGAGUGUGGUGUGUGCAUCGCGUGCUGGAGCUGUCUCAGUUGGAGAGCCGCCCAGAGCUGUGGGGCAAAUACACCUACGUGCUGAACCGCCUGCAGGGUAUACUGGACCCAGCCUUCUUCCGUCCCCGCACUACCCCGCGCCUCUGCCUGUGCUACGGCGACCGAGCCAACCUCCCAGCCCUCUCCGCCCAGCCCCUCUUCCACGGCGCCCUGCUCUCCGCCAUGCUCGGCUCCCAGCUGCCCCUCGCCAACCCCUCCUGGCCCCUCGGCGCACCCGCAGGGCAGCCCAAGCCGGCCUCGCCAGCUCUGUUCCUGGAGCGGAUCAGAGAGGUGGAGGUGGCGGUGGGGGCAAGGAAAGGGCGCACGGGCACGGCGGCAGGGGACGUGGCGUUUCCCAAGGGCAAGGAGAACCUGGCCUCCGUGCUCAAGAGGUAUAAGCGGCGCUUGGGAGGCCGGCCGUCGGGGGGAGGGGGACGUGGAGGAGGGGGAGGAGGAGGUGGAGGCGGAGGGGGGGGAGGGGGAAGAAGUAACUGA